CUUGAAACUUGCUAGAAGCAGCUUGUGCAAUGCGGCUUGUUUCCAAGUUUAGAAUAGAGUAGAGUGUCGUGGUCUAGGUAGAAGACCCCUGGACCCCUCAAGGUAUAAAGUUUGAGCUUUUCUGUGUGCAUCAAUCCUUAUUCAAACAUCCUACAUCUUUAUCACUUAUUCACUACAUCAAAUACAUUACUCACAAUGGGUUGGUUCGAUAACAACACCGAGGUCGUUGAAAACUUCAACGAGUACAAUCAAAACUCUGAGAACAGGGAGCAUCACGCCAAGCUCUCCCACGAGAUCAUCGGCGGUGCUGCUGCCUAUGAAGCUGCCAAGGCAUACGAGGAGCAUGUAGCUAGAAACGGCAAGCCCGACAGCCAUGCACAGGCCAAGGAGUUCAUUGCCGGAGCUGUUGGUGCUUUUGUUGACAGAGAGUUUGAGACCAAGGGUCUUGACUUCUUCGAUAGGGAGGAGGCUAAGCGUCAUGGUGAACGCAAGGCGCACAGGGAGCUUGAGGAGCAGUACUAGAUCUGUACUAGAGUUUCUUGUUAGCAAAUCAAUAUAAUGAAUGAUGAACUAUACAUGGACCAAUGUUCGCUGUCGCCGUGCGAGAUUUGGG